GUCUUUGGGAACAUGGCCGAUUCACCGUCUAGUGGGCCUCCACAGGGAGGAGCAGUGCAAUUUCUGAUGGCAAAUAAGCUUGACACUGCAAUGUGGCUUUCCCGGUGGUUUACAGUAUACUGUUCAGCUUUAUUUAUUCUACCUAUUUUAGGCUUACAUGAAGCCGCUAGCUUCUAUCAACGUGCCUUGUUGGCAAAUGCUCUUACUAGUGCUCUUCGACUGCAUCAGAGGUUACCACAUUUCCAACUAAGCAGGGCAUUCCUGGCCCAAGCUCUGCUAGAGGACAGUUGUCAUUACCUCCUGUAUUCACUCAUCUUUGUCAAUUCCUAUCCCGUUACAAUGAGUAUUUUCCCAGUCUUGCUCUUUUCCUUGCUUCAUGCAUCAACAUACACAAAGAAGGUUUUAGAUGCCAAGGGACCAAACAGCGUGCCUUUUCUGAGGUCUUUUCUUGAAAAACUAAAUGCAAAUCAACAAAAUAUUCUAAAAUUUGUUGCUUGCAAUGAGAUAUUCUUAAUGCCUGCCACUGUGUUCAUGCUGCUUAGUGGCCAAGGGAGCCUACUACAGCCCUUCAUUUACUACAGAUUUCUAACUCUUCGUUAUUCCUCCAGAAGAAAUCCAUAUUGUCGAACAUUAUUUUCUGAGCUGCGAAUAAUCCUGGAACAUCUUGUCAUGAAGCCAGCGUGUCCGGACUUUGUGAGAAGGUUGUGUCUGAGCAGCAUUGCAUUUAUAAGCAGGCUUGCACCAACAAUUGCGUAACUUCAAUCUUGUUCAGUGAUGUAUAUGUAUAAACAUUAGCAGCUGGUAUUUCUGCUCAUAGUAUGAUACCUGGGUGCAUUAUACCACUUUCGACCUGAGCGAUUCCAUAGAAAUCAUGUUGAACUCUCUUAUGCCUUUUUAUAUGUCACUUCUUACAGUUUCUUAACCCCCCUAUCCUUGAUGUGUUUCUUUUCAGUCAUUACUAUGUGAGGAUGCUAAAUUUACAAGAGACACUGUAAAGUGGUUGGGAUUUCCCCUUCCUACAAAUGCAGGGCAAGGCGAAGCCUAUUUGGGCUUUUUUUUCUUUUUAUACUGUAUGCACCAACAACAUAAAAACGCACAACAUUAACAAUCUUAACUUAACCUGGGAACACACUCUUUCAGCUGGAUGAAAUGAUUCACCUUUUUUUUACCAUUUCAGCAACAAAUGUGGUAGGAAAGCAGAAUGGUAUUGGUUGUAGUUAAGUUUAUUUUUUAUUAAAAUAUAAAUUUAUUAAGGUUCAACCUUUGUACUGAACCUUUGGUACCGAGAUGUACAUAGAAUAGAAUAAUUUACACACUGCUUGUAAAAUUCCAGCCUUCUGUUUCAAUAAAAGUCCGACCUCCUCCCAUA